AUGCCUAAACUACCUUCCUUCCUGGCAGUGAUCUGUUAUCAGAUGACAAUAGUCAGGAACACUAUCUUGGAAGAUGGUGUCAUCAGGAGGGACUUCUUAACACUGGUCCCAUCUGCCUUUCUGUCGGAACCUGGGAGGGAAGGAGCAGACAGGGAUGGUGUGCAGCUGGCCCAAGGCGCUGAUCCACCAGGCUUGUCCUGGCACAGGGAGCUACAUCAAAGUACAGACAAAUCCCUUGAUAGUGGCAGGGCUCCCUUUCUGAGCACAUGCCCCCAGAGUGGGCAGGUUGCUCUUCUUGUCCCUAUAGCCACGGAAGUGAGCCCUGGAUUGGUAAGCAAAGAAUGCUGA